AGAGGAGGAUAUUGCACUAGCACAUGCACGCUAGCUAGCUAAAAACAUGUGUCCAUGGGUUGUUAUUGCCGUUGCCACCAUUGUGGCAGCGAUCCUCAUUUCUCGGCUGUUGAAUCUCAUAACUCAACCCUCCUCCCCUCUCCCACCAGGGCCACGGCCAUGGCCCAUCGUCGGAAACUUCCCUCACAUGGGCGCCGAACCGCACAAGGCCCUCGCCGCCUUGGCUGGCAAACACGGCCCUCUCAUGCACCUGCGCUUGGGCUUUGUCCAUGUAGUGGUGGCCGCUUCCGCCUCCGUGGCGGAGCAGUUCUUGAAGGUUCAUGAUGCCAAUUUCUCCAGCCGCCCGCCGAACGCCGGCGCCAAAUACAUGGCCUAUAACUACCAGGAUCUUGUGUUUGCUCCUUACGGCCCGCGGUGGCGGUUGCUCCGGAAAAUAACCAACCUCCACAUGUUCUCUACCAAGGCUUUGGAUGAUUUCAGACACAUGAGACAAGAAGAGGUAGCGAGAUUGAUACACAAUUUAGCAAGUUCAGGGUCUAAAGCAGUAAACUUAGCACAAAUGUUGAAUGUGUGCACGACCAAUGCAUUGGCAAGGGCAAUGAUGGGACGGCGAGUUUUCGACGACGGCAAAGGUGGUUGUGAUCCGAGGGCAGAUGAGUUUAAGUCUAUGGUGGUGGAACUUAUGGUUUUGGCCGGAGUUUUCAAUAUCGGUGACUUUAUUCCUCCCUUGGAGUGGUUGGACCUUCAAGGAGUGCAAGGCAAGAUGAAAAAAUUACACAACAGGUUUGAUGCAUUUUUUGCCCACAUUAUUGAGGAGCAAAAGGUAAUUUUGAAGAGUGAGAAGCAACAAGACUUGUUGAGUACUUUGUUGUCACUAAAAGAGGCUCCGGAGGAUGGAGACAAACUCAAUGAUACUGAGAUCAAAGCACUACUUUUGAAUUUGUUCACAGCUGGGACAGACACAUCAUCAAGCACAGCUGAGUGGGCAAUUGCUGAAUUAAUCAAGAACCCAAGAAUCAUGGGCCAAGUGCAACAAGAAUUGGACAAUGUUGUAGGCAAGGACAAGCUUGUGACUGAACUAGACAUGCCCAACCUUCCUUACUUAGAGGCAGUGGUAAAGGAAACAUUUCGUCUCCAUCCAUCAACCCCUCUUUCUCUCCCACGUGCUGCAGCAAAGAGUUGUGAGGUCUUCGACUACCAUAUCCCCAAAGGUGCAACUCUCUUGGUCAACGUUUGGGCCAUAUCACGUGACCCAAAGGAAUGGGCCAGCCCUUUGGAGUUUAGGCCCGAAAGGUUCCUCCCGGGUGGUGAGAAGGCUAGUGUUGAUAUUAGGGGGACUGAUUUUGAGGUGAUUCCAUUCGGUGCGGGGCGUAGAAUAUGUGCUGGUAUGAAUCUUGGCAUUAGGAUGGUUCAAUUGCUCAUUGCAACUUUGAUUCAUGCUUUUGAUUGGGAGUUGGAGAAUGGUAUGAACCCCGAAAAGCUUAACAUGGAUGAAGCGUAUGGGAUCACAUUGCAAAGAGUUGUGCCUCUUUCGGUGCACCCUCGCCCUAGACUUUCACCACAUGUGUACUCUUCAUAGUGGUUUUCUUAAUUGUGAGUUUGGGUUCUUGUCAUAUAUUACGUCUCAUUUCGUGUCACAUUUUUCUAUCUCACUAAUCAAAUUUUACCAUGUCAAUUAGAAAAGACGUAAGUGCGGUGGCUAGGUAACUAAAAUUUUAUAUGAAUGAUUUUUACUUGACAUGGUAAUUUUGUUUUAGUGAAAUUGUGAAAUGAGUCAUCAUUUGAGAACAUGACAAGUUAAUCCCUUCACCCUCCCUCUUUUUAUUAAAGCUAGUUGUGUUGAUGAAUAAAAGAAAAAAAAAAGUUGGUACCCUAGUUCAUGAAAAAAGGAAAAUAGGGUUAAGUUGUUUAUUCAAAUUUUAAGAAAGGGUUAAGUUAGUUAUAUUGCUGCUCCCAAUUUGAGAUUGUAUGUAUAUGUUGGUUUAAGUGGCAGGAUUUAUGAUAGAUGAAAUUCUUGUGGUGUCCUUAAGUCUUAAA